AUGGUUAAAUCAGUUGCAGUAAUCGGUGCAGGACCUUCUGGUGUCAUAGCACUUGAUGCAUUAGUACAAGAACAACAUUUCGACAGAAUAAGAGUAUUUGAAAGAAGAAGUGAAGCUGGUGGUUGUUGGAUCUAUGAUGAAAGCCCACCUGAACCAUUACCAAAAAAUCUUAAAUCUUUAGCAACAAGAACGGCUGAUAAACCUUUAGAUCAAGAAAUACCUAAUUGGGAUGAAUUACCAAAAUAUGCACCAAAAUCUAAAAGACAAAGAUUCAUUGAUACAGCUACUUAUUCAUAUUUAGAAUCAAAUGUUCAUUAUCAAACAAUGGAAUUUCCUCAUGAACCAUUUCCCCAAGGAGGAUCAGAAUUAUCAGUUAGUAAAUAUGGACCAAAUACACCAUUUAGACAUAAUACUAAGAUUAAAAAAUGGGUUCAAAACAUUUAUCAAUCCAAAAAAUUAGAUGAUUUAUUAGAAUUUGAUACUUCUGUUGAAUUAGUUGAAAAAAAUAAAUCCACAAAUCAAUGGGAUAUAUUAUUAAGAAAGUUUGGUAAAACUCAAGAUUAUCUAUGGAAAGAAUCAUUUGAUGCUGUGGUAGUGGCAAGUGGUCGUUAUGAUGUACCAUAUAUUCCAUAUGUUGAAGGAUUGGAUCAAUUUUAUCAAACACCAGGUAAAACUGUUAUUCAUACAAAAGCAUAUAGAACCAGAGAAGAGUUUAGAAAUAAGAAAACCAUUGUUGUUGCUGGUUCAAUUUCUUCACAGGAUACAGUUCAAGAUAUUGUUAAUGUUGUUAAAGGACAAGUGAUCUCUUCAGUUAGAAGUACAUCUGUUCCACAUGUUUAUUUUGGUUGGUAUGCUUUUGAUCAUCCAAAUGUUAGAAAACAAAAAAAUUUAGUUAAAAUUGAAAAUGAUACUGCAAUUUUUGAAGAUGGAUCUAAAGAAGAAGAUAUUGAUGCAAUAAUUUUUGGUACUGGAUAUACAGUAAGUUAUCCAUUUUUACCACACUUGGAAAGAACUGAACAUAGAGUGAAACAUAUUUAUCAACAUGUGCUGAAUAUUGAAGAUCCAACUUUGACUUUCGUUGGUAAUAUAGCUGCAGGUUUAACUUUCAAAGCUUUCCUAUGGCAAGCUGUAUUAAGUGCAAGAUAUUUAGCAGGUAGAGUUAAACUUCCUUCCAAAAAAGAUCAAUAUGAAUGGGAAGAACAAAGAUUAAAAGAAAGAGGUGAUACCCCAAAAUAUUCAGCUUUAGUUCCUGAUUUUAAACAAUAUUUUGAAACAGUAAGAUUAUUAGCUGGAAAUGAAGGUCCAGGUAGAAAAUUACCACCAUUUGAUGAAGAAUGGGAAAAUGCAUUUUGGAGUGGACAUCAAAGAAGAAUCAAUUAUUGGGUAAGAAAUAAUUAUAAAGUGGGAUCCAAAUUGUGA